GGACAGCCCUAAUGCCAUUCCCAAAGUUAGGGCAAAAUGCUUCCAAUCCAAAUACGUAUUACCUUGUUGCUUUUGCACUACACUGAUUGAAUCAUUUAGGUCGCAGGCAAUGCUGGGUGGUUUCUCUUCCGCGGAGGCUCAAAUAGAUGUGGCAAGGACGGAUGCUUCUAGAAGUUUAAUUGAUAAAAUUUCUAGUGCCUUAUCUGAUGGCAUACAUUUUGCAACACCAAUAUCCUCCUUGAGGACAAAUGAAAUUGACCUGGUACGAGGUGUUUUACAAAUAUUACAAGGUUUCUCCAGUUCUCUAUUUUAUUGGGACCAUGCUGGACAGAGUUUCCAGGCUAAAAGUGGGAUAUAUGUAACUCACCUUUCCCUGAAAAGUCUCCAUGUCAUUCUCAAUCAAUUUAUGUAUGCUGCAACAUGUUUAAAACUGGUGGAAAUUCUAAUCAAUAAGGUGGAGAAAUCAGUGAGGCAAUCUCCUCCUACUCUGAAAGCAUUUGCAUGCUCUAUUUCCACAUGGCUCAAACGCUUGCGGGAUGUUGCGUUAAAGGAGGAAACAAAAAUAAGCAACUCCAACAUUGGAACUACUCCAACCCUCUUGGGAUUGGCAAGUGGUUUAUCAAGUCUUUGCUCAGGAGCUGAAUAUCUGUUGCAAGUAGUGCAUGGAGCCAUUCCUCAAAUAUAUUUUGAACCUAAUUCAUCUGUCCCUGCUGCUGAAAUGGCUACUCAUAUUCUUGACCACCUUUACAAGAAGCUGAAUGAAGUUUGUCACAUGCAAGGUGGUGAGGAGGAAGCAUACCAGAUGCUACUUUUUGUUUUUGUUGGAAGUUUAUUGCCUUAUAUUGAGGGUCUUGAUUCAUGGCUUUAUGAAGGAACACUUGAUGAUCCUUGUAACGAGAUGUUCUUUUAUGCUAACAAAACAAUUUCAAUUGAUGAAGCUGAGUUCUGGGAGAAGAGCUAUCUUCUGAGACCAUUGCAGAGCUUAGAUGUUGAGCUCUCUGCUAUGAUUGGCACCAGCAGUUGCUUGCCUUCAACAAAUGACAAGAAGGAAAUGGCUGGGAGGGAAUCCAUCUCUACAUCUAGCUCUAUGAAAGGAAAAGAGCAAAGCAGUAAAGAUCUUAAAUUGUGUCCUCUUUUUGUUGAGGAUAUAGCCAAGCCAAUUAUUUCUGCUGGGAAAUCAUUGCAGCUGAUCCGGCAUGUUCCGAUGAUGACCUCAGCACCAUCUGGCAGAAAGAAUGUUCAUGAGAUUAAUGGUUUUGGAAGUUCCCAUGAUGGUAACAUUUCAAGUAAGAUUCAUCGGGGGCAGAGCAUAGCUGGGUUAACAUUGUCAGAGAUUUUCUGUGUGUCACUAGUGGGUCUUAUAGGCCAUGGUGAUCACAUCUCUAAGUACUUUUGGCUAGAGGAUCCAUGCAACCCCAAGAUUUUCUCCUUGUUUGAAUCUCACAUGGACAAACAAAACUUGGAAAAAGGGAAUGGUGAGAGCUUGCCAAAUUUAGCUUGCUCAGAGAAGAUUUGGUUUAAAUUCUUGGUUGAGACGUUGUUGCAGAAAGGAGAGAUUGAUUUUGGAUCUAAGCAUAAGAAUGCAAAUGAUUUUCAUGAUGUGAAGGAAAAGACUCUAGCUGGAGGUGCUCUGGAUGAAUUGCUCCUGAGAUCAUCCUGUCCAGAAAAUCCUGUUAUCACUAUGUGCAAAUUGUUCCUCAAUAAGAAUAGGGAUGCUUGGAGCACAUUAAACUUGUCUAGGAAUUUCUAUCUCCCUCCUUUAAAUGACGAGGGUUUACGAGUGGCUAUUUUUGGUGAGAAGAUUGGACUGGGUUCCUCAGCUAAAGGGACAGAUUAUGCUUUUGCUUUUAAGUUUGCUGAAUCUGAAUAUCUUCGUUCAAAGGACGAUACAAAACUGUUAGAAGAAUUAUUUCCCUUUCCAACUCUUCUUCCAUCAUUUCAGGAGAAUCUCCAGAUGUCAGAGCUCUUACCUUUCCAGAAAAAUAGCACCCUUUCAUCACGAGUUCUUACCUGGCUUCAAAGUGUAGACCUGAAGGUAGUUCCACUUCCUGUGGUUAUUAUGCAGGAAUGUCUUAUCGUCUACAUCAAAAAGCAGGUGGAUUAUAUUGGAAGACACAUACUGUCGAAAUUAAUGACUGACUGGAGACUAAUGGAUGAGCUCGGGGUAUUGCGUGCUAUAUACUUGUUAGGUUCAGGUGACUUGCUGCAGCACUUCUUAACUGUGCUUUUCAAUAAACUGGAUAAGGGAGAAUCCUGGGAUGAUGAUUUUGAGUUGAACACAAUAUUACAGGAAUCCAUUAGAAACUCUGCUGAUGGCAUGCUCUUAACGGUGCCAGAUUCAUUGGUUGUGUCUAUAACUAAACAUCAUAGCCUCAAUGGUGAUGAGCAACAUAAUACAGCUUCUCUUGUCUCUACCCCUCGUAGAAGUCGUGAGAGCUUUGGGAUUGAUGGCCUUGAUUUACUGAAAUUCACAUACAAGGUCUCUUGGCCACUUGAACUUAUUGCCAACACAGAGGCAAUUAAAAAGUAUAACCAGGUGAUGGGUUUCUUGUUGAAAGUCAAGCGUGCAAAAUUUGUACUUGAUAAAGCUCGGAGGUGGAUGUUCCAGGGUAGAGGCACUGCAACAAUCAACCGUAAGCACCACUGGCUAGUGGAGCAAAAGCUCCUGCAUUUUGUGGAUGCUUUUCACCAAUAUGUGAUGGACAGAGUAUAUCACAGUGCAUGGCGUGAACUCUGUGAAGGUAUGGCAGCAGCUGGAUCUCUAGAUGAAGUCAUAGAAGUACAUGAGGCCUACCUGUUGUCAAUUCAACGGCAAUGCUUUGUGGUUCCAGAUAAGCUGUGGGCACUUAUUGCCAGCAGAAUCAAUAGCAUCCUUGGAUUAGCUCUAGACUUCUAUUCCAUACAGCAAACCCUAAGUAGUGGUGGAGCAGUUUCUGCCAUCAAGGCCAGAUGUGAAAUGGAAGUGGACAGGAUUGAGAAACAGUUUGAUGAUUGCAUUGCCUUCCUUCUUAGAGUCCUAUCUUUCAAGCUCAAUGUAGGCCACUUUCCCCAUUUGGCAGAUCUAGUUACUAGAAUCAACUAUAAUUAUUUCUACAUGUCUGAUAGUGGAAACUUGGUUACCGGUCCUGGCUCUGAAACUGUGACAUCUAAGCUGGGGAAGGCCUUCCCAGUCUGAAUGGACUGAUACUGAUUGGAUUAGUUCGGAGUCGGUUAUGAUGCUGCACCUGAAGAUUGUGAAUUUGCAGGAGUUGUUAAUAGGUUGUACAUGAUAUGUAUGAGAAUGCAUUAUUCAUAGAAUGGAGGGGGAAGCAGGUUGGUUAACAGCCGCAUUCAUCUCUUCUUCGAGAUGGAAAUCCUUGUAGUAUUCAAAUCUCUCAGCUGAGUGAAGUAAUAUCUGAUAAGGAUCUGACUCUUGGGAAUCACGACAAAAGGAUGAUGAGCUGCGAAGCACGGAUUUGGAAUGGGGUGGGCUUAUGAAUUGAAGGGUGUGUAUCAUGUAUCCUGAUGAUGAAUUGCUGGUGAGGGCCCAUUUCUGCUUACAACGGACCAUAUUUAUACAAUUGGAUGUGGGUCAUUAAAAAUUGUAAGAGUUUGUUUGGUCUUAUAAGGAAUGUUUGUUUAUUUGAUCUUACAAUCUCGCAAGACAUAAUAAGAACGUUGUGUCUACAUGAAGGAUAAUUGCUUGAAUAUGAGAAAGUUUCUAACGUUAUAUAUAUAUGAACUUCAUUUAA